AAUUGUCCUCUCUCUCCUUCCUUUUUUAAAAGCUAAGUGCUGUAUAUAACUGUUUAAGGGUACUGAGUGGUUCAACUCGGAGGUUCACAGCCUUGGGCUAGUCAAGUUGAAAAAGAAGAAGAAAAAUCAUGGUAUGUUUCUGUUUUCUGGUUGAUCAGACAAAGAAAGUGAGCAAAAGUAAGCCGGCGGCAGGGUUUUGCUCGAGGUGUGGCGGAGGGGCAAGUGUAGCUGAUAUGAAAACGUGUACAAGGUUUUGCUACGUGCCGUUUUACUGGAAAUCGUGGAAGGCAAUUAUAUGCACUUUUUGUGGAGCCAUUCUUCGAUCUUACCGUUGAAUUCAUGGAAUACUUGUGUUUUCUGCAACUUUUGUUUUUACUAUUUUUGCAAGGUCUAAGUUGGAGAUGAACUUCAUUCUUUCAUAAUUAGAUCAAAGGAGAGCGGUGUCCUCCUCCUUUAUCAUCCGCAGUUAACAAAGCUUUUAUCUAUAUAAACAUAGCACUAGCAAUAUAUUAAAACAGAUUGAUCUGAGAUCUGAUGGAUGAGCUUAUGAGUCAUCGUUUCCAAUGAUUGGCUGAAAAGGACUUUAUUGUUACAGAUUUGUACUUUGAACUGUAAAUGUAAGUAAAAGGUUUUCUUUUGCCCUA